AAAGCUGCUGAUGCUGAUGUCUUAAAAUUCUGGAGAAAAUGUUGGCAGAUAUGUGGUGGCGAGUCUGUUACGAGGAUGUGAAGGCGGGUAAGAAGCGUCUGUUGAGAAGUGUUGUGCUGUUAAGGUGAAACUGUGCAGAGACGGAGAAGGAGAGCAAAGAAAGCAAGAUGCCACAAAAUAAAGGUGAUGGAAAGAAAAGAGAGAAAAAAAAUGAGAGAAUAGAUGAAGGUAAAUAAAGAGGCGGUAGCCGGUGCAGAGGUGUCAACGUUCAGGCGGGCGGGGUUGCCUCCACCGCCACCACCGCCAACACCAUCACCUCCGCCUCACUCUUCCUCCGGCCGCGGUGUGGGCAACACUUAUUCCGCGGUGUACUUCCACGUCUGACACCCAUCACGCCUGCUCUUCUGUACCACGUGUCCACCUGUCACUGCCGCAGCGCUGCCGGUGUUGUGGCGUCAUGAUGGCACGCAACUUCUUUCCGUGCUUCCGGUAAACUGGUGUCCCAAGUCUACAAUAAUUGCUACAUACUGAUGCACUUGAAGAGAACCAAAAACCAUUUAAACUAGCGUGGCAAGGACACCGAAUAGGUGCGGCAUGGCGGUCAACGUGCUGGUGCCUCUCCUCAUCCCUCUGGGCGAGCAGCUCACCAAUGUGACCAAGCUGGUGGGCAGCGACCCGGUGGAGUUCAAGCAGCCGGAGUAUGAGGUGACGGUUCCUGAGAACACCAGCGCUGACCACCUGCUGCGGCUGUCCGCCAGGGUUCGAGCCUCAGGUGAGACUGUAAAGUAUCGGAUCAUUCAAGGUAACGAGGACAACUUAUUCCAUCUCGACCCAGCUUCUGGCAUCCUCUCGCUCCUGCAGCCUCUUGACUACGAGCUGCAGCAACAGCAUGAACUAUUGGUGGAGGCGGUGGUUGGAGCUGCAAGGAGUGUGGCGCGGGUGGUGGUGAAAGUGGACGACCAAAACGACCACGCGCCGGUGUUCCUGAGGGCGCUACACGAGACCCAGAUCACCGAGGAGGACAACAGACACCUGCCCAAAGUCAUACUGAAGCAAGUGACAGCAGUGGACGAGGACACAGGUCGGUUUGGGAGCCUCACCUACACCAUCUCCGGAGAUGGCAUCUUCACUAACGGGUCGCGGCCUUGCUUCUCCUUGGAUGCUGCCUCCGGAACAGUCUUGCUUCUCAGGCCUUUAGACCGUGAUCCUCCUCACGGCCAGGCUCAAUGGCGCCUGCGUGUGACAGCCACUGAUGGGGAGCUUGAAGCACACACUGACAUCCGUGUCAACCUCAAAGAUGCCAAUGACAACGCGCCCUUCUUCCCUUCUCCUAUCACCACGGCCACCGUCUCUGAAGACACGCCCAUCGGGUCGUCGGUGACGCGCGUGGUGGCCACGGACCACGACGACCCCCAGGAGGGAGACAACGCCAAGGUGACCUUCUCGCUGGAGAAGAACGCGAUCGACGAGUCGAGCGGCCGUCCCAUCUUCGCGAUCGACAGCGAGCUGGGCGUCAUCACCACGGCGCUGUGCUGCCUCGACCGGGAGAAGACCCAGCGCUACGUCAUCCAGGUGGUGGCGACCGACGGCGGCGGCCUCAAGGGCACGGGAACGGUGGUGGUGGACGUGGACGACGUGAACGACGUGCCUCCGAGGUUCUCGCGGCCCGAGUGGACGCUGGACGUGCCUGAGAGCCUCGACCCCGACAACGUGCUGGCCACACUCACCGUCGUGGACCAGGACGUCACCAACGACUUCGCCUACAGGGUGGUGCCAGAGAGUGGGCGUGGCUGGCAGAUGUUUCAAGUGGAGGGUGUGUCAGGAUCACUCCCUGGUGGGAACCUGAAAUCAGUGAAACCGCUGGAUUUUGAGAAUCCUGACCAUCGGCAGGGAUUUAAUUUCAAGGUUCAGGUCACGGAUGUGGGAGAAGCUGGAUGGGGACAGAAGGAACACAUAGCUGAGACCUGGGUAAGGCUGAAACUGGUGGAUGAGAAUGACAAUGACCCUGUGUUCAACAAGGAAAGCAUCCACCUGAUGCUACCUGAAGACACCCCACGUGGAUCCCUCCUUGCCUCCUUCACGGCCGUUGAUCCAGAUGCUGCUGGAGAAAGCCAGAUUAGUUACCGUGUGGAUCCAAACAGUGACCCGGGCCAUCAGUUUGAUGUAGACAGGACAGGUGCCAUGCGUCUGGUGGGUGGGUUGGACCGUGAAAUUACAGAUGCUCACAGUUUGCUGUUAUGGGCAGUUGAUGAUGGGGCACCACCCAGGACAACCACCGCCACUCUUACUAUCAAUGUGACAGACGUGAACGACAACCCGCCGUUCUUGUCUGAGCCUCGUGAGGUGCAGGUGACAGAGAACAGCCAGGCACAGCUGGUGGCGCGGGUCAAGCUGGGUGACCCCGACGAUUGGCAACAGGGUCACGGGCCACCCUUCACCAUCUCCCUGGACCCUCGUGCGCCGCCCCACGUCACCGACAGCAUCAGAGUCACGCUGGACAGAAGAGGGGACGACGGGCGGGGCGUGGGCGUGGUGUGGACGCGGGCGGCGCUGGACCGAGAGGAGCGUCCCGCCCUGCUGGUGCCCCUGGUGGUGGGCGACGCUGGGUGGCCAUCACUCACCGCCACCGUCACCCUCACCCUGCACGUGGCCGACAUCAAUGACAACCCCAUGGCGCCCGCCGCCAAGACCGUCACCGUGCACACCAUGCAGCGGAAGGGGGCAUCAGUACCACUUGGUCGAGUGUACGUACAAGAUCCAGAUAACUGGAAUACUGGUGCUAAGACCUUCGCCUGGAGACACCCUCAGGCUGGUUUUUUCCUGAACACCUUCACUGGUCACUUGUCCAUGGCUCCCUCCACUCCAGAUGGCCAGUAUGAACUCAGGUUCAUAGUGAGUGACAGUGAUCAGGGACAAAGGAACAUAGAGGCCAAUGUAACUGUCUUGGUGAAGCGCCUCAGCCCGGAUGAUGUGAGGAGUGCCAUGCCCCUCACACUGACCUCCCACAGCCAAAGCUUGGUGAGGUCUCAUUCUGAGGCUGGAGUGUCAGUGUUGAGUCGUCUGGUGGGCGCCAUUCAGGCAUGGGCAGGUGGUGGUGGUGCAGCAGUAAAAGUUAUUUCCCUGCAACCUUUGGAGGGAAAGAUUCCUGCCACACGAGUUUGGCUCUCUGCUGUAGGAAUUGCUAAUUUUGAAUAUCUUUUGCUUUACCACAAAAAUAAGCUGAGUGCAACACUAGGAACCAGUGUGCAGGAUGUGGGUGUGAUCUCUUGCCAUGAGGAUGCUGCUGCCUCCUUAGAUAAGAUAGCAGAGGAGAGAUGUGUAGGUGGCUGUUGGGUGGGCCUUGCUGAACACUUUAGUGUGGUGGAUGCCAACUCCUCUGCAGUAGUGGGACCUCAGGUGGUCAUACGAGGACCCUGUGGCUGCACAGGUACCACCACACCUCGAGUCAACUCCUGCACCCCCGAUACCUGUCUUAAUGGAGGAAGGUGCCUUAGUACUGCUUCAGGCUCUCGCUGCAUCUGUCCACAUGGUACCUUGGGUUCCCACUGCAAAGUGCUGUCUAGGUACUUUGAGGGGGAUGGGGAAGGGGAGGAUGCCAGCACUGAACUAGCCUCAGAGGGUUCAUGGGCAUGGGUGCCACCCAUUCCACCAUGCACUGAGGUGCACAUUAGUGUGGAAGUGCUAAGCAUGGUGGGAACAGCUGCACUGCUUUAUUCAGGAUCUGACCAAAGUGUGGCACAAGGACCAAACAUGCAUGAUGUACUGUUGUUGGAACUGCGUCAGGGUCAGCCAGUGCUGCUGCUGGACCUAGGCAGUGGCCCCAUCACCCUAACCCUCAACACCUCCCUCACUGACAACAUGUGGCACAGGAUAGACCUCAUCUGGAAGGAUGAGUUGGUGGAGAUGCUUGUAGACCUGUGUUUGGGUGACCACUGGGACAAGCUGCCAGCAUCCUCUCCUGCUGCUCACAACCAUUCAUCCACAACUGUCUUCCCUGAUGUCCACAUGUGUCGGGGCUCUGCUAAGCUGCCACAGAAUAACCACAUCCUCAACUCAAGUGGGGUGCUUCAGGUGGGUGGGAUAGUGCACCCAUUACCUCCCAUCAUUAUGGGUAGAGAUCCAAUGCUACCCCAUCCACCACACUUUCAUGGUUGCAUCAAGAAUCUCAGAAUUAAUGGCAAGUUGAUAGACUUGGGAAAUAGUGUCCUCAGCAAAGCCAGCACCACAGGGUGUCAUGCUGCAGACUGCCUCAUCAAUAACCUCUAUUGUGGCCCUCAUGGCAGGUGUCAGGGAUCACCAGGAUCACUGCAUUGUGAGUGCCAGCCAGGGUGGGGCGGUCUGGGCUGUGCUUCACCCACCACACCCACCACCUUCUUCCCCAACAGCUACGUCAAGUUGGCCCUGUCCUUCUCACCGCUGGCUUACACCUCCUCCUUCAGCUUCAGAUUUCGCACCCUAAGGAGGAGAGGGGAAUUGAUUGUGUUGUCAUCACAGCAUGGUCGGGACAGCUGGUCUAUACAGAUCGUGGAUGGCUGCCUGUGUGCAGUACUGCAGCUCCAUCCUCAACCUCCAACUUCUAUAUGUCUUUCACGAGCUGCCCUCACUGAUGGCCAUUGGCACUCCCUUGCUGCCACCAGGUAUGGCUCAGCAACCUUUUUGAUGGUAGAUGAUGAAGAUGGAGACCUUUACAAUGCCUCGUUGCUGUUUGAGGGACAGCAGUUGCUAGAGAUAGACAAGCAGGAAGGCGUCCGUCUUGGUGGCUCUCCACAUUUCCAGGACACAGGAAUACUCAAGAUUGAUACUGAUUAUUUUGAUGGAUGCAUUGAUGACCUGCGCAUUUCGGGUCACAGUAUCCCACUUCCACCAGCAGUUAACAGCACUCCCUGGGGCCAGGCCAGCACCUUCAAGGGUGUGGAGCAAGGAUGCUUUGCUCCAUCGUCAUGUACCAACGUGUCCUGCAGACCACCACUCGUCUGUGUCGACACUUGGAGAUCUUAUCACUGUGGGUGUGGUGAGGGUCGUGUGCUGGGACGCAGCCGUGUGGUGUGUGAAGAUGAGGAUGAGUGUGCCUGGCAGCCUUGUCUUAAUGGUGGCUCCUGCCUCAACACCCACCCAGGCUAUGUGUGCACCUGCUUGAUGGGAUUCAGAGGACAGCACUGCCAGCUGCCUGAUGUCAGCCAGACCUCUCUGAAGCUCCCUGUAGGAAUUCUGGUAACCGGCAUUGUGUGGUCCAUCUUUUUCAUUUUGUUGGUGUGUGCCUUCCUGCUUCAUCAGCACCACCGCCGCACCUCAUUGCGUAAGUGUGUGGUGGAUGCCAAGGACAGCUCUGAAGGCUGUAAGGGUCAAGUUUCACCAAUGUGCAGCCACACACCCAAUUUGUUAGAGCUCCAGCUACUGAAACCAUCCAGACCAAGCAACCAUCCGAGCUGGACAAGAAAUCCCAAUAUUGCAGAUGUGGAUGUUUUAAGGGUGGAUGCAAUGAUGACAAUAAGUGGUGGACAAGAAUUGAGUGAAGACAAUGACCAAACCUCCCCAUCACUUAUGAAGAGUGGUCAGGGUGUGAAGGGCUUGAAAUCCAACAUGGGCACUACUGACAGCUCCUCACUUACAGAGAAUCACCUGAGAAAGCAUUUCUAUGAAGAUGAUGGUCCUCCCUUGGGAGGUAUUUCUUCCUGGAUAACUCUAUGAUUCUGUGUCCUGGAUAAGCCACAUGAAGUAUUGUGCAUCACUGUUGUUCAGGCUGCCUUCCAAAAUAGGUGAUUCCUUUGCCUGGCACCUGCCUGGCAGGAGUGACCUCUCCACCCAAACAGUGACUGGCAUGAUACCACACUAAAAAAAAGAAGCCUGACAACAAAUACAUAUACUUCAUAAUGAUGUGUCAUGGUUCAGCUAUUUUAAUAGUGUGGUGGACACAGAAUGCCAUAAUGGGCCUGUGGCAUGCCCUUUACAACAAGAGGUGCCUAUAGAUGACUGUGAUACCUCUCAAAGCUAAUUACCCAACAAGAUUGAAUCUCCGUCCACUUUCUUGGUGUUGAAGGCUAACAUACAUGAUGGACUGUUCAUGGGCUGCUCCAGUCUUAAUUACUGGUGUGGAGGCUUGCAAGUGGAACCUUCAGGAAAAGAAUGUAAAAAUAUAUGAUUUGUGUAUUCUGGCCGAGAUUUGUAUAUUUAUUUAUUUUAAACUAUUGCAUUAGGUUUCUGGAUUGAUGAAUUCAUAUUAGAGUGAGGUCUCCAUAUUACUGAGUUGUCCUGUCUAAGAAAGCAGUCUGCCUUGAUGCUGGAUGUUGACCAGGGAACAACACACCAUGUGUUUCCGGCAGAGAACAAUUGGAUGUUUUUGUUUACUUUCUAUCAUAUGCUAAAGCAAAUUUUGCUCAAUAUUCAUAGUUGUUGUACAAAUUGCUCACUUACAAAUUUAGUUAUAAUCCAAGGCAUUACUGGAUAUUCUGUCGAAUGGUUUUGAAUUGAAAAGCCAUAAACUAUGCAUUUAUUUCAUAUUAUGAAUGUCACAAUAUUUUUAGUUUUGACAGGAUGGUUAGAAAUGCAAUCCAUUGCAACAUCCCACAACAGGAAAUAGACCUACAAUGUUAACAUAUAAUGUAUGGACUGUAGUGUUUAUCCACAGGUAUUAAUGGCAUAAAAUGACCAAAUACUUGCUCACACAU